AUGGCGAUGUUUGUACUACCCCCGCCGCCUCGAUACCCGCCCACAGGGUUUUCGCUGGGCAGUCCCUACGCAAUGGGUGGUGCUCCGAUGCCGGUUAUCGAGACGUCGAAUAGUAUCACUCACCCGACCGGGCCAGAAUACACUUUCCAUACCGGUGAAGGUCAAUAUACACUUCGUGAGGAUAUCCACCUUGCAACACCUCCUCCCCAUCCUUCAGAGCCUCCGGUUGUCUCCCCGAACCCUCUGGCAAUACAGCCGGCUCCACCGAGUGCCGGAACAAAGUUCUCGACUAUAGUAAUCAAAAGCGUACCGGGUACAGAUCGCACUUCUCAACUCUAUCGAAACUCUGUACUUGCGCAGAACGGCGAACUGGAAGGCGAACAUGCCAGCGAACCUAGAACUUCGAUAUCCACGGAAGAAGAAUCGACAGAUGGAGGAUCGAAGAGUGGAACGGAUACAGCUGGAGCAAGCACCGUGGCUACCAGUAUGGUACACCUCAUGGCCGACAAAUUUGGUGGCGAGAAUGCAAGCUUAGCCCAUGCACCGACAAAGGACAACAAGAGGAAGAAGCCGAAGAAUAACAUCCAGAAGAGCAAUUCUUCGUUCGUCUCGAGGGUUAUUAUGCACGAAGCGCUUACGAAGAAGCUUCAGGAAACAGGAGCAUCCGAAGACUUGUUUGUAUUCGCAAACAUUAAUCGGGCCUAUCAUUGGCUAAAUCUUUCAGCGAAACAGAAUAAGCAAGAAUCUUUGUCCAAAGUCCUAUUCACGAAGAGCCAUCCAAUAUGUCAUGAUGUCAACCACUUGACCAAGGGCGCAACACAUAUAGAUAUUGUUAUGGGAUUCACGACAGGAGAUAUUGUCUGGUUUGAGCCGAUGAGUAACAAAUACUCUCGUUUAAAUAAGAAUGGCGCCAUCAAUAGCUCAGCCGUUCUCGAUAUUCAAUGGAUCCCUGGAAGUGAGAACCUAUUUUUAGCAGGCCACGCUGACGGGUCAUUGAUCGUCUACGACAAAGAGAAGGAGGAUGCGCCGUUCGUUGCAGAGGAGUUCCUUGAAGAAGGAGAAGCAUCAAGGAAGCCCAUUUCUGGAUUCGUCACAGCCAAAUCGGUCAACUCGAAAAUCCAGAAGUUCAACCCGGUAGCAUAUUGGAGCGUCGCACAGCAAGCUAUCAAUGCCUUUGCAUUUUCCCCUGACCAUAGGCAUCUAGCAGUCGUUUCGGAGGAUGGCAGGUUGUGUAUUAUAAAUAUACUCAAGGAACAACUUCUCGACGUCUUUAACAGCUAUUAUGGAGGACUUCUCUGCGUCUGUUGGUCACCAGAUGGUCGUUACAUUCUUACUGGAGGCCAAGAUGACUUGAUAUCAAUCUGGUCGUUCGCUGACCGAAGAAUUGUGGCGAGGUGUUCGGGGCAUCAUUCCUGGGUUACCAGCGUCUCAUUCGAUCCUUGGAGAUGUGAUGCCAGAACCUAUAGGUUUGGUAGCGUCGGAGAGGACGGAAGACUUCUAUUGUGGGAUUUCAGUGUCGGGAUGCUGAGUAGGCCAAAGGCCACAUCGAAGCAAUCCCGAGGUAGUAUAUCGUCGGUUCCACUGAAUGGAACAGGAAGAAGGGCCGAUGGCCACCCAGCUGGAAGGUUGAGAUCUGAGUCUGUUGUCUCAAAAGUUGACGACGACGGAGUGGUUCACCAUCCAGUUGAACCUCGAGCAAGAACCUCGAAUUUACCUGCGAUUAUGUCGAAAGUAGUCGAUGUGGACCCACUCUGUCAACUGGAAUUCCGAGAAGAUUGCAUUAUUACGACAUGCAGGGAAGGACACGUAAAGACAUGGGACCGACCUAAAUCCAAUCUUUCAGUGGUUCCAGAGGGUCAAAUGGCUUAG